AUGUUUGAGUUCACUCUUGAUUCUCUGGUUCUUUCAACGAUUGCCGAUUUUCUUUCAUUGCGUGAUUUACCGAAUUUUGUGUUAGUAUGCUCGGAUUGGCAUUUGAUCAUCACGAAUGAGUUGGAGAGUGGUGAAAUUUGGAAUCGAAAAUAUGUUCAUUACUAUUGGGAAAAAAUUAAUUUUUACAAGAAAUUUGAUGAGGAGUAUCCAAAUGAGGAUGCAUCAAGUCGAUUGAAAUAUGUGGAAAAAAAUCAAAUGAUUCUCCUUAAAAAGUUGAAAAUUCAUCAAAAGAAUUUUUCUCAAUCACAACUGAAACAAGUGGUCAUUAGUGAAUGGUGCCAAUUUUAUAAUAGAUUCUUGAAAGUUUAUAGGUAUAAAUUGGCUUCGAGUGGAUUUUUUGAAAUUAUUUGCAGUUCGGUCACUACAUCCAUCCAUAAUUUGUCACAUGACGAGGAGAAAAGAAAUGUAUUCAAGUAUUUCGCACACAAAUUUUUACACCAUUCUCGCCAUUUACCAGAAGUCAUUCAGGGUCUAAUUACGAGUAAGUCUCAUAGGAUUCUCCAACCUAUGAUGGAGCAUGAGAAAAAUGCUCGAGAGUUUCUAUCAUAUUUUUGUGACAAGUAUCGACCAAGAUUUGAUUACAUAUCAGCAUGUCGAUACUUGAGCAUCAUUGUUCCUCAACUUCAAAAUGAUGAUAAUAAUUCUACAAAUCAAUUUAAAUACGUGAUGGAAUCCUUAAAGCUGAAAACAUCCAAUGAUGUCACAUCAUUAUUCGUUAAUAAUGUUGUAUUUUUGGCAAACCGAACAAGGUUGCUUGAGAUGUUUGUCGAGACUGUAGAGCGCUGCCAUGAAGGAAAAUCGAUCAAGGAUAUUCUAUCACAAAAUGAUGUAGAACGAAUAUAUUCGGUACUGGUGACCUUGUACUCGCGAGUUUUCAUCCAAUCGUUUUUCAGAACACUGAAAAUACCCAUUCCAAAGCAAACGCUUAGUUCAAAUGUAGUUCAAUAG